AUGGCCGAUGACCUUUUUGUGGAUGGCGGAAAGAUCGUCAAGAUGGAGGUGGACUACAGCAGUACGGUCACCGAGAAGUUGCCCAUCUGCGAGAAGCUGGCCAAGGAAGGAAAGCUGAACGAGGCCCUGGAGAUUCUCCUCUCGCUGGAGAAGCAGUCUCGCACUGGCUCAGACACCCACUCGAACAGCCGCGUCCUCGUGGCCAUCGUCAAGCUGUGCUUCGAGGCGGGCGACCUGGCCGCCCUCAAUGAGCAGAUCGUCAACCUCACCAAGCGCCGCUCGCAGAUCAAGCAGUCGGUGACGAAGAUGAUCCAGGAGGCGGUCACCUACGUGGAGGCGGUCAAGGACCGUGAGGCGCAGCUGAAGCUAAUUGAGACGCUGCGCACCGUCACCGCCGGCAAGAUCUACGUCGAGGUGGAGCGCGCCCGGCUCACCCUCAAGCUCGCCCACAUGCGCGAGGCGGAGGGGAAGAUCGAGGAGGCGGCCACCGUCCUGCAGGAGCUCCAGGUGGAGACGUACGGCUCGAUGGAGAAGCGCGAGAAGGUGGAGCUGAUCCUCGAGCAGAUGCGCCUCUGCCUGGCCAAGGCGGACUACGUCCGCACGCAGAUCAUCAGCAAGAAGGUGCAGGUGAAGUACUUCGAGGAGGGCGGCGGCGGCGACGAGGCGAUGACCGAGCUCAAGUUCAAGUACUACCAGCUGAUGAUUGAGCUGGACCAGCAGGAGGACGCCUUCCUUCGCAUCUGCAAGCACUACCUGGCCAUCUACGGGACGGCCUCGGUGAAGGCCGACCCGGCGAAGCGGGCCGCCGUCCUCAAGAACGCCGUCGUCUACAUCGUCCUCGCGCCCUUCGACAAUGAGCAGUCCGAUCUGAUCAACCGCCUGAAGGGGGAGAAGCCGCUGGUGGAUGAGAUUCCCCACUACGGCGAGAUUCUCAAGCUCUUCACCACCUGGGAGCUGAUCAACUGGAGCGCCUGGGAGGCCUCGGUGGCGCAGCUGCUGCGCCACGGAAGUAGUAAAAGCGGCGACCUCGAGGCGGAGCCCACCGGCGUCUUUGCCGCCGCCACCGAGCUGGGCAACCGCCGCUGGGGCGACCUGAAGAGUCGCGUUGUGGAGCAUAACAUUCGCGUCAUGGCCAAGUACUACAGCAAGCUCAGUCUGAAGCGAAUGGCGGAGCUGCUCGGUCUGAGCGUUCAGGCAACGGAGGAGGCGCUGAGCGCGCUGGUCGUCUCGAAGACGAUCUGGGCGAAGAUCAACCGCUCCGAGGGCAUCGUCAAGUUCGCCCAGUCGAAGGACCCCAAUGAGGUGCUGAACGACUGGUCGAGCAGCAUCGACCAGCUGAUGCACCUGGUGGGGAAGAUCAACCACCUCAUCAACAAGGAGGAGAUGAUCCACCAGAACUACGUCCCGCCGAUGCAGACGUCGUGA